AUGGGGAAAGGAGCUUAUGGGCACUUGUUUAUCUUUAUUGUGUUGUUUUACGUUUUCCAAAAUGUAACUUUGACAAUCUCUGAUUUUCUGCUUCAGGUUGCCCAAGGACAAGAAAGCAAAGGACCUUCUGAGGUGGCUUUGCAGUUGACAGAGUUGGGGAAGAACCUUGAAAAAUCAACCAAAGUGCCUUUGCAGCAGCCCGCAGUGGACAUCCAAGCACAAGAUUCUCAAGAGGGUCCACCAAGCCCCUUGAGUGAAGCCUCCAGUGGAUAUUUCUCUCACAGUGUUUCUACAGCAACCCUUUCUGAAGCACUUGCAGCAGGAAACGACCCCCAUCUUCAGCCCAGUAGUCAGACCUCCACCACAAAUGAUGCCCCCCCAAUUUCAACAACCCCUAAAGUGGUGUCUUCAACAGAUGGUCCUAUAAAAUCAUGUUCUGAUUUAGCUUCUCAAGGUUGCCGUUCUCUUCCAAAGAGAGAUCCUGUUCUCCCUUGCCUUAAAGACGAUCAAAUUGACAAGGACAAUGUGAAAGGGAGCCAUAAUGGCAACUUAAAAUCAAGAUCGGUUGAUUCUGCCAUUGCUCUAAAUGACGAUCAGGUUUCUCCCUCCCUAGUUACUGAGGAUACACAUUGCUGUUCUAGCUCUCCUAAUAAGAAACAAAUACAAUUGACACAGACAACUGUCUUAUUACCAUCAGAGAGCCCUCCUUCUGUCCCAAAGGAGGCUCCCAUUUAUAAAACAGGACUUUCAAAGUCUCAGGCUAUGGUUGACCUGUCAUCUUCCAGCACUACAACCUCUCCCUUCAAAAUCCAAAGAGUACGAACAUCAGAACUCAAGUCAUUCUCCAGCAUGUUGAGUGGGGAUCCAGGAGUUUCUUUGGGUUCAGAGGAAGAAAAGAGCAGACAGAAUUCAGAAGAUUCAGACCAGAACAAUAGUAUAGAUGCUGGUUCUGAAGAGAAAUUGGAUGCAGCAGCCUCUGACUCAGAGGAAACCAAUGAAAUCCCAGAUUGGCUGAAAGAAGGUGAAUAUGUAACUGUUGGCACGAAUAAAAUGGGCAUCGUGAGAUAUGUUGGUCCAACAGACUUCCAGGAGGGAACCUGGAUUGGAGUCGAGUUGGAUUUGCCAUUAGGUAAGAACGAUGGCUCAAUUGGAGGCCGGCAGUACUUCAAAUGCAAUCCAGGCUAUGGGCUCCUGGUGAAGCCAAGUCGAGUCAAAAAAGCUACUGGCUCUGCGAGGCGCCGGAGUGCUGGCAUGAAACUACAGGGCACAACUGGGACCACGACUGAGCAACGGCGGAGCGGCACAUUCUCAGGCUCUGCCUCCAGUUUGGCUUCUUUGACUGCUUUAGCCAAGACGGAAGGAGCAUCAGCUCCACAGACCGAGAAAAGUAAAAAGAAUACGGAAAACAGGAAAUCGUGGGCUACUUGAGAGCGUUGCCCAAUGGGCAUGUCUGCCUGGAUCGCAACACUACUGUGUGAAGCUGACCCUCCCUCCCUCCCUCC